AUGGCAUCACCUGGAAAGCCUGGGAUCCACGUAGCUUUGGUUGCAACCCCACUCUUGGUGAGAUCUGGUGGAGACAGUGGAGACCAAGCAGAGAUGUGGGAUCCAGCAGCUAUUGUGGAAGUCAACAUGGAGACUGAUGCAAUGUGGCAGCACCCCCUCGUUUCAUCAAAUUUGGAUAUUGUAUUCCGGAAGAUCAGUGAUGUAAAACGAGAAGAAGAAGAGAGAAUGAAAAGGAAGAAUGAAGCCCCUUUGGUCCUGCCACCUGAUCAUCCAGUCCGUCGGCUUUUCCAAAGAUUUCGGCAGCAGAAGGAGGCCCGACUAGCUGCAGAAAGAGGAGGCAGAGAAGACCUCGAUGUUGAAAAGGGCAACAUUUUAGGAGACCACUCUUCCCACACAGUUGUCAAAGCCAGCAUUGUCACAGUAAGGGAAAGCCCUGCAACUCCAGUUGCCUACCAGUCUGCUUCAACAUCAGGUAUAUCUGAUCAGGCCAGACUACAAGCUCCAGUUUCAGACUAUGUUGGCGGGAAAGCAGCAGGAGAUUAUCCAAAGCGUAAAGGCUGGGCAAAAUUCAAAGAUGCUUGUGCCAAAGGAGAGGACUGGAACAAAGUUUCCAAAGCUGAGUCCAUGGAAACAUUGCCAGAAAGAACAAAAGCAACAGGUGAAGCUACUUUGAAGAAGACAGACUCUUGUGACAGUGGCAUCACAAAAAGCGACCUGCGCUUGGACAAUGUAGGAGAAACACGAAGUCCUCAGGAUCGAAGUCCCAUCCUUGCAGAAGUCAAACAUACUUUCUACCCUAUCCCUGAACAGACUCUCCAGGCAACUAUGCUGGAAGUGAAACAUGAAUUGAAGGAGGACAUCAAAGCUUUAAACACAAAAAUGACCAAUAUAGAAAAACAGCUUGCUGAGAUACUAAGGAUAUUAGCCUCUCGAAGAAGCUCUCAGACACCACAGGAGCUCUAUGAAAUAUCAAGACCCCAAUCUCCAGAAUCAGAAAAAGAUAUGUUUGGAGCAAGCUGAGUGGUUCUUUAAACAGGAGUGAUUUGAAUAUCCCUGAAACUCUAUCCAACACCCAAUUAAUGUGUUUAAGGAAACAGAACAUUUUUUUUUUGAUGAUCAUGAUUUGAGGGGCCAGCCUGUUAACCAUGUCCCCUCUCUCUUAAUGGUACAGUAACAAGAAUUGCAACCUCAUGUCAAGAUGGCAGCUGACUCUGAAGUCUUUUUGACAGCAAGGCGCUGUCCUGAUUUUCCAGAGAACAUCCAGUUUAACUGCCACGAAGGUGAUGUUCUACUCCUACAGUACUUCACUGUAAGGACUUGAAAGAGCUUUUUGCUGUGAACUUCCUGGCUGAUUUUUGUUUUCUUGUUUUGAGUGGAGAUUUUGGCAUGAAGCCACAUAACACAUUAUUUUUAUAUUAACAAAUGAGUGUCAUGGGAUUUUGCAAGUGCGACACACACAUACUGCUGUUAGUUUAGAACAGGUGCUUUUGGGCAAAUAAUUUCUGUCCAUUAAUGUAUCAAAAACAAAGGCAUUUUUCCUUCCAUGGAUAAUUGUUUUCGUCCAGUUGAGUACAAGGAUCAAAUUUAUUUCCAGUUCUGUUUAGGAUUUCUCUUUGCUGGUAUUGCUCAAAUUUGUAUUAUAAAUUGUGGAUUACAAUUAUGCAGUUGGACUAUGACCCAAUACAUUUCAACAUGAUUAUAACAUAUGUGCAGAUACCUGUAUAUCAUUGAAGUGUACUAUAAAUCAUUCAGCAUAAAUAUAAAAGUGAAUCAUAUUUAGCCACUGAAAGAAAAAAAACAGGGACUUCUGAAGUCCAUCUUCAGGAGGAGAUUAAAACGUCAAUGUAGGAUAGCAAGCAUACAGCAUGAGGCCAAAGAAUUUCAUCUUUACUGUUGUCAUAAGUGAGCAAUCCAUUUACUCUGCAGUGAAGAUCCAAGCUUGAAACGAGUUUGGGCUUUUGCACUUGCCUCAUAAUCUGAUUGUUGAUGUCCUUUUGUUGAUAUGGAAGGGAGCAUGCAUGAUGCCAUGAAUAUUGCAUGUGGUAUCAAGUGGACAGGAAAUUAUAAAAACUGUACACAAAUCAGAUGGCUUUGGUAUUUAAAAGAUCUGAUUCUCCAAACUGGCAUUCUAAAAUGUUCCAUAUCAGACAUAUAUCAAGAUUGCAAUAAGAAAGCUACCAAAAGAGUUUGUGUGUGUGUGUGCGUGUGCGUACACCAGAGCAUCGGUUUUCUAUAACCAUGGAUAAGGAAGACGAUAGCCAGGUGAAACCUUUGCUUUCAUCUAGAAAUAUCAUUUACUGAUUAGUUGAACAACAAAAUAGUCAAGAUAGAUCCACACAUGCAAUAUUGGUUCCUUUUGACCUUUGAGAACUAAAUUUGAAGAGAAUUGGAGUGCUCUGUCGGUGAGUGUACAUGUCCUCCUGAUCCUCUUUCUCCAAGCUCUUUGCUGCAAGGGCUACAUCGUGAUAGUUUGCAUGUCAAUGGGAAUUGUAGGGUUUGUGUUGGCAUAUUAGGCAAAACUUUACAAUAUUGCUAUCAUUUCAGAUAACUGCUAAUAACAUUUCUCUUCUUAUUGUGUGGUUCUCUUCUUAUUGUGUGGUUCAAACGCAAAUUAUUACUUGCAGUUUGUAAAUGCUAAUCCUUCCCCAACAAUUAGGAACUGAAAAGAUGACUGGAGAACCUGAAAAAUUAUGUGGAUAUAAUGCACAUUUGGGCUGUAAUCUGAAAUAUGUUUAGCAAUGGUUAAGACUUAUUAAAUUCUGUCUUCUGCAAAAACAGGCACAGGACUGAGCCCUAAAUAGUUACUAUGGAAUCAAGACUAUAGUCCUUAGGGCAGUGGUGGCAAACCUAUGGCCCGGGUGCCAGAGGCGGCACUCAGAGCCCUCUCUGUGGGCACUCGCACUGUCGCCCCAGUCCUAGGCCUGC